AUCAUACUCGAUAUAGCUAGCUAACUCAAUAAAAGUGGUACGGAUAGCUAGCUAUCACAAGCCGAUAUUGCCCGAUAACAUAUUUUUAUAGCUAGAUAAUCUCAAAGGCAUUUUUUUGCUUGGGAUGAAUAAGAAAAAAAUAAUUUGAAUGUUCUGGCCAAAAACUCAAGCUGAAAAAUCUAACGUUUUUGAACAUCAUGGUUUUUUCGAGUUUUCUCGAUUUUUCGACAUGAAAAAUCAAGAACUACAUAUUCUUAAUCAGCUUGAAAAACUCUAUCGAACGGUAUAUAAUAUAGUCAAAAAACUUUUUUGCUGUCAGUUGGAUUAAGGAUGCCUUAAGAAAAAUACAUUUGAUGAAGAGGGUGGCAGAUCUUUUUGAUGAUGUUUGAUAUUUCAGUUUUUAUCGCAUUCAAACUUAGUAAUAAAAAUUUUGAUUUUCUAUGCUUUUUGAAGUUCAGACCUUUUUCUUUCCAACGGAAAAAACUGAACUCUUCUACAUAUGGACACAUGUAGAAAAUAAUGUUCGACCUUUCUCCAAUUAUCUCUCAAUCGUCGAUUAUAAAAGUUGAAUUUUCUUGGUGCACUCUAGUAAUUCAGAUGGGAAUCAUGUUGAAGCCGUUUAUCUAGAGGAAAAGAAUAGCUCAAAAAGAUGCCGGCUUGUUACAAAAGAUUUUACAUUGGAUACAAAAGAAAUGAAAAGAAACGCUGAGGGAGAUGGCGGUAAAUUUCUAAUAAAAAAAAAACUCAUUGGAGAUUAUGAAUAAUUUGUUCACAGGUAUAAAUACCAUCAGAAAAACUCAGUAUGAUUGUUAUAAACAAUUUAUUGAUGAUUCCAAAAAUUUGACAAGUGGCGGACGAUCUAUUUCAAAAGUUCUAUAUUCUCCAGUUUAUUACGUAUUAGCUUUAUCGUCCUGCUACUGUGGAGAGCCGGAUUCUGUUAAACUAAAAGAAACUGAUAAAAAUGUAGCAGGUAUUAUUACGGAUCCAGAUAAACAAGGACGAAUUCAUUUGGCUUAUGCUAAUGGCGAAGUACUUCGAUCAAAGAAAAUGGAGCAUUUUAGUCGUUAUUUGCGUCGAACAUUUUACUAUGUGGAUGAAGAAAAUGAAAAGGGUGAAAUUAUUCGAUAUUUAUUUUGUGCAGAAUAUCCAUACAUUUUGUCCACACUUUAUCAAAUGCAACUGUUGGGUGAUUUAAACGAAGAUCAAAAACGUGAUGAAUACUUAAGAUAUUGCAAUAUUUUCCAACGUAUUCUCAUUGCCCAUAACCUCACUGAUUGUAUUAAGCUGAUCAUGUAUGAUGAUGGACAAAACAAGGUUGAUAGUGUUGAACAACUAUGGGAUCAAAUAAGAGACGAUAUUGUUAGUUGGACUGUUGAUUCUCCUGUGUUAACACAGAUACAAACACCGAGUUUACCGGUGGCUUCAGGAAGAAAAAUAGUGCCAAUUAAACGUUUAUUUAAACUUGGAACCGAUGAACUUGAACAGAGUCGAUUAUUUAUUGAAGCUUUGAAAACAAAAUUGAAUAAUAACAAUGGUGUGACGAUAACCGAUCCCGAAUUAGACAAUCACGUGAUCAUAUUGUUAAAUGGAGGCCUUUCAAAAGUAUCGUCACGUUUGAUGAAUUCUAUUCCAUAUUUAAUGUUUGAUUUGAAUAAACAACGAGAACCAAAUGACGACGAUAUUGUAAAAAUCCUUUACUAUUUAAAAAAUCUCAAUGUUUUAUCUAAAUCGUACACGGAACGUUUCGAAAGUAUCGAAGGUCUUAUGCAAAAAAGCGAAGUUGAAUUUACUACGGCUGGUAAAGGCAUAGCUGUGGCGUUCUAUUUCAAUUACGCAAAAUUAUUGACUUCAACCAAAGAUCAUCGAGAACGUGUUCAAACUCUUAAAAGUCAGCUCUACAGUGAAAAAUUGAUUGAUGACAUAGAUAAAAUAUUCAUUGAAAAAUGGGUAUUUAUUCUACCGUGGACAACAAACGGAUCAUUGCAACUCCUUAAAAAUGCUUGUUUAUUCAAAGAGAGUGGCUUUGAUCUCUCUCAAAUAAGUUUAAAAUUAAUUAACAUAAAUCUUACACUUGCCGGAGUUGUUGAGAGAUCAUAUUCACCGCUUUUCAUAUUUCAAUUAACCAAGAUUGAUGAAAACAAGACUUACUAUUUUCCCAUGGAGAUUCCAGCUGCUUUCCAUGGUCUUCAGAAUCAGUAUGAAAAUAGUCAAGCUGAAUUUCAUUUUGGAAAAUUUCAUCCCGUUGAUCAAGCGGGAAUUUUUCAAAAAGAAGUUCAACAUUACUACAAUGAAGAGAAAAAUACUGAAUGGCAUGAACAUAUUAUGCUUGUUCCGAUACCAAAACCUAACCACAAUAUGGAGAAAGACAAUUACACGUCCAAAGUUUUACUGGAUACAUUAUGGUCAAAAUUGAGCACGAUAGCUAGCAAUAAUUAA